AACGCUCCCAUUAAUUAAUCUCAUCUCCUCAUCCCUCCUCUGCAACAAAAAAAAAAAAAAUGGCUUCUGACCUCUUGAAGCUGAAGAUCUUAGAGAAAAGCCAUGUGAAGCCCAAGAGAAAAGUGGGCAAGAAGGAGUGCCAGCUCGUGACCUUCGAUCUUCCAUACCUGGCCUUCUACUACAACCAGAAGCUUCUGUUCUACAAAGGAGAGGACUAUGAGGGGAUGGUGAAGAAGCUGAAAGAAGGCCUGAGCGUGGCUCUUGAGGAGUUUUAUCAGCUCGCAGGGAAGCUUGGGAAGGAUGAAGAAGGGGUUUUCAGAGUAGAAUAUAACGACGAAGACGAUGCAGAAGACGGCGGUGUUCCUGGCGUGGAGGUCGUUCAAGCUGUGGCUGAAGCUGAUGUUUCAGUGGCGGACCUGACGGUUGCAGAAAGCACAAACACUUUGAAGGAACUCAUUCCUUAUACUGGCAUCCUCAAUUUGGAAGGCAUGCAUAGGCCUCUGGUGGCGAUUCAGCUGACAAAGCUGAAAGACGGAUUGGCAGUGGGAUGCGCCUUCAACCAUGCGGUCCUUGAUGGAACGUCCACGUGGCACUUCAUGAGCUCCUGGGCUGCGAUCUGCAGCGGCGCGCCUUCAGUUUCGGUGUCUCCGUUCGUGGAACGAACAAAGGCCCGAAACACGCGCGUGAAGCUCGACGUCUCACUUCCGUCAGCGGACCCACUUUCUGCUAAAUCCAACGGUGAUGCUGAGCAGGCCCCACCACCACCAGUUCUCAGGGAGAAGAUCUUCAAGUUCUCCGAGUCAGCCAUCGAUCAGAUCAAGUCAACGGUCAACGCUGAUCUCCCGUCGGACGGUUCAAAACCAUUCUCCACAUUCCAAGCCCUCUCCGUCCAUAUCUGGCGCCACGUAACGCAUGCACGUAACCUGAAACCCGAAGACUACACUGUCUUCACCGUCUUCGUUGACUGCCGGAAACGGCUGGACCCACCGAUGCCGCAAACUUACUUUGGAAACCUAAUCCAGGCCAUAUUCACAGUCACGGCAGCCGGGUUGUUGUCGGCAAACCCGCCGGGGUUCGGUGCGUCUUUGAUUCAGAAGGCCAUUGAAGCACACACUGCGAAGGCCAUAGAUGAGCGGAACAAGGAGUGGGAGAGCGCACCGAAGAUUUUCCAGUUCAAAGAUGCCGGCGUGAACAGCGUGACGGUCGGAAGCUCCCCGCGGUUCAAGGUUUACGACGUGGAUUUCGGGUGGGGCCCGCCGGAGAAUGUGAGGAGUGGAUCAAACAACAAGUUCGACGGAAUGGUUUAUCUGUAUCCAGGUAAGAGUGGAGGAAGGAGCAUCGAUGUGGAGCUGACCUUGGAGAGUGAAGCUAUGGCGAGGUUGGAGGAAGACAAGGAGUUCCUCAUGGAGGUUUAAUAUAAAACUCCUCUACGUUAUUCACAUGCAAGUUUGAAUUCUCUAAAUUUUUUUUAUUGUAAAAUUAUUGUAGAGUUUAGGGACAUAUGGAUUCUUAUUCAUAUAUCUCAUUAUGAAUUCUACAAUAAUUUUACAAAAAAAAAAAGUGCAGAGGAUUAUAUUUUUGCAUGACGAGGGCUUUGUUUUGACUAUGUAUGUGGUUUUAAUUUACGCGAUCUCUGGGUUUUGCUGUGAUUCUUUGGUGUAGUUGAAGUGCUUUAGGAAUAUGAUUAAUUAGCUUAGCCAAGUUAUGGAUAAAUUCUUGGGUAAAAUGUGGCAUAUGAUACAUUAUAUAUUCAAUACCCUCAAAAUAUUUCAAAUAAAUCUGGGCUAUUGAAUGUAUAAUGAUUGUUACUGUAUUAUACCUAAGAAUUUUUCAAUGGCGGCUAAGGAGUGCUUAAUUACCAGCUUUCAAUCUGUGAUGGACGAUGGAUUGCAAUAAUUAUUGGUGCAAUUAUGCAAUGUCUUUGAUUUACAUAUAAUAUACGUUGUUUAUAUUCAAAUGAAGGAA